GCUUGCUCCUCUGCAGCUCCAUGUCCGUCAAGGCCAUGCGCCCACGAACCGCGGAGGCGAUGUACGAUUACCUCCGCGGGCGCUGGCAGCUGACCAAGGCUAUGGACUACACACCUGGCGGUGGCGCCUCUGGGAGCUUUGCAGGCAAGGCCACCUUCGAGCCGUUGCGGUGCGCGGAUGGCGGCGUGCGCUUGACCUACCUCGAGGAGGGCAUGGCAACCCUUGGCGGCAGACAGAGCAUCGCGGCGACCAAACGUCUGCUGUGGGACCUGACCACCGCACCUGUGAAGGUGCACUUUGACGAGGCGCUGGCACGCGAUCCCGAGUCCAUCUUGGCAAGCUCCCGCUUCUUCCACGCGAUCGACCUGGCAGACGACCCGCGGGUGGACCCGCCACCCUUUGUGCAUCUCUGUGAUCCCGACACAUAUCGUGGAGUCUUUGCGUUCGAGUCGGACGCCGCGUUUGCGAUCACCUGGCGGGUGACGGGUCCGAAGAAGGACGGCACCAUAAUUGGCAAGUACACCCGGACGAGUGAUGAGUGAUCCGAAAAAAUAAGCGGUGUUCGUUCCCGAAAAAAGGAGCGCAGGCCCGGUAGGCGGUGAGUGCGCGGUCUUCCGCGUGUGCAAUAAGUAUUUUUAGGUAUACCGUGUGUAC